GCACACUACUGCGUCCAGGCAGGCUCGGCUUUAAUAAUCCUGUCUGUACUGGAAAGCAGUCAGUUUCUUCUCAGGCUUCAUGAAGCCCAAUGUUACCCGGUGUCCUGCAGCUGUAGUGUAGCUGUCGGAGAUGGUGUGAGGACUUGAGGACCACUUUCAAAAAUGGGUAAUUUGCUCCGGCUUUUGGGCUUUCUGUGCAUCAUGCCAGUUAGUGGUAAUUUUGACGGCAUCUGUCCAAGAAAAGAGCCUCCCCCUGGGGUGCUGGUGGUACCUCCAGGAAGCAGCCUGGAGCUGAACUGCGAUGGACAUGUGAGGGUGAAUGGAGAUAAAGUCAGCCUAUCAAGAAAAGUCUUAAGCACAAACAAGAGAAGAUCUCCAUCAGAAAGAACCCCGAUCACGCUGCAAGUUAGAAGAAACACGAUUUCUCCGAAUAGAAGCAAGAAAACUUCUGCAGAAAGUGUGCAGUAUCACUCUACAACCACAGCAGCUGGAGUCAACACUGUGCAAGGAGAAAACCAAAGCAAUGAAUAUUCAAACAAGGAACGCUUCACUUCUCCACAAGUGGUCCAACCAACCCCUCUGAGCAUGACUACAAUAUUGAGGGGAGAGUCCAAGUGGGAAGAAAACAAGAAGAAACCUGAGGAUGAAUAUAGAGAUAAGGACUGGGGAGAAAGCAGCAGGGUUACAAGAGGGGCUAAAAUAAGGCCUCAGUGGAGGUGGAAUAAACAGCUGGUGCAGAGAGCAGACAGAGACUGGGGAGAAAUGGAAUUUCUGAAUGGCGGUAGCAGUCUGUCUCUGAGUUCAGUCAGACAGACGGACGCUGGAAAAUACACAUGUCAUCAGAGGGGAGAAGAAACGCUCGCUGUUACAGUGAUUGUUGCAGAUCCCCCUGAGACUCCCACUAUGCUUUGCUACAUGAAAUCACCUUGGAGUAAAAUUCGCUGUGAAUCGAAGCCUUUGAACUCAAUGAUCAAGUAUACUCCUGACUGCUCUCUCUUCCUGAGCACAAGGUAAGAAUGUGAAAUACAGUACACAAUAAGUCUAAAAAUCUGUUUUAUUUUGAAUAGGACAAUGACACAUAUUCUAUAGGAAUACCAUACUAGGCUUACCAUGUUCCAAAUCAGCAGAGGUGUUUUUGACUAAUGAGCACCAGGCGCAGCCUAAAGAAACCCAGAAAUCCUAACUUGAUUUUAUUUACAUUUUUUUGAAUUAGUGGAAAUAAAGAGAAAUUCUGUCAACCUAUUUAGAUAUAGAAAUAUUUGAGAGUGUCAAACUAUUGUUUCACAAUACCUAAUAUCUUAUUAAAGAUUUAAGAAACAAGCUUUGCAGUACACAAACAAGGCUCAAGGCUGAGACAUAUUGACUGAUACCUUUGUACCCUCAGGCAACUCUGUUGGUUAUAAAUCUAAAGUUCCCACAAGUACAUCUAAAAAGAAAAU